AUGCUUUUACCGCGUAAAUUGAGUGACUGGUGGCGGAGCGGGCGGCGGCCCCCCGCGCACACAGCGGCGCCCCCGCGUCCGCACGCGCGCACACACGCGCGCCUUAUCGGGCCCCCGCUUCGACUAGCAAUGGCUGGCUGGCGAUGCUAUCGGCGCCGGGGCCCGCGAUCCGUGCAGAGAUACGCGGCCAUGAUCCUCGGAUACGCGACAGGUGCCCGACGAGUGCGCCGGUGUCGACUAGAUCCGCCAAUCGCGUAUCUCGAACUGGCGUGCGCGACUCAU